AUGUUUAGAGGCCUGUCAUUCAAGCGGACCAAGGCCCAGGACACGCGGCCCCAGCGCUUUUCCCCACGGUCCGAACAGCUCCCCGUUCACCAGCACUAUAUUGAGCCUGGGGAGGCUCGAGAGGGGUCCCAGAAAUGGAAGCAGAUGCUCGGCGGCAAUAACAAGCAGGCGGCGGAGCAGGAGGAGCUCAAUUCGCAUGGGCCCAUGGUAGACAAGUACGGCAUGUGCGAGAAAGUGGUUGGCACCGGUUCACAUGGCACCGUGUGGCUCUCUCGAAAGAAGGCGGCAAAGGGCCAAAACGACGAGGAGCUGUACGCCAUCAAAUGCUUCCGGCAGUCGUCCACAGAGCCCAAGGAGAAGGAGAAGCACAGCAGCCGACUAAAGGCCGACUUCUCCAUCGCGAGAGAACUGCGCCAUGCCAACGUCGUUCGCACGCACGAGCUGUUCCAGAGUCCCGCCGACAGGUUCUAUAAAGCAAUGGAGUUCUGCGCGGGCGGGGACCUUUAUACGCUGGUGAGCUCGGCCGGGAAACUGGAGCCGCUCGAGGCAGCUUGUUUCUUUAAGCAGCUACUGAUUGGGGUCCAAUAUCUGCACGAGAUGGGUGUCGUCCACCGCGACCUCAAGCCCGAGAAUCUUCUCCUUACUACGGACGGUAUGCUCAAGAUUAGCGACUUUGACUGCAGCGAGUGUAUCCGUUUGGGGUGGGAAGAGGAGACCCAUAUGGUAUCGGGGAUCUGUGGUUCUGAGCCAUAUAUAGCCCCCGAGGCGUUUAUGGACGACGAGUUCGACGGCCGUGCUCUGGAUGUGUGGGCUUGCGGCGUGAUCUAUAUGGCAAUGUGCACUGGUAAGUUGCUCUGGGACGUGGCUAAGAAGGAUGAGGACAGCUCGUAUGCAAAAUACCUUCACGAUCGACGUUUAGAGGAAGGGUUCCGCCCGAUUGAGUCAUUGCCCCAAGCCGGUUGCGGAAACGUCCUUUACUGCCUUCUAGAUCCGAACCCGGCCCGUCGGAUCACGACCCCCCAGAUCUUGAAAUCUCGUUGGGUUCGGGGAAUUCAAGUCUGCUACGACGUCGGGGAGGAUUGA